UUGAAAAUGCAGGCCGUGUCAUGCUUUGAAAAAAAUCAUUCUAUAUUUGAAUUUGGUGGAAAAUGUCGGACCCUAAACGUGCUACUCUUAUAACAGUGGGUGCUACAAAAAAUGUGAAGAAUAAUGUGAAUAAAACAGUGAGAUUAACAAUAAACUUGGAUGAAAGCAACGAAAGUAAAUAUCCAGAACUGAAUUACAAGGAACUAGUCAUAGCAACAGCGAGAAAGAAGCGUACGGAGAAUGGUAAAACUGAAGGGCUGGACCCAUUUUCAGACAAUGAUGAUGACGUUGAGAGAGUUGCCAGGAAAUUUGAACAAAAAUAUGGAGGAAAAAGCACCUAUGGAAGAAAAGGCAGGUCCAAAUAUGAUGAGUUUGCAGACAUUGGUGCUGGUUAUGAUGAAAACGACUCAUUUAUUGAUAACACAGAUGGUUAUGAUGAGAUGAUUCCACCUGAAUGUGAUACUCUAUAUGGUGGGUUCUACAUCAACUGCGGAUCUCUUGAAUUUAAGACUGUACCAGAAAAUGUAACUGCCACAUCUGACGGUGAACCUAACAGAAACCAUGUUCGCAAUAAGAGGCGAAUAUCUUCCAGCAGCAGCGAUGAUGCGUCAUCAGACAGUUCUUCGGAAUCUGACAGUCAGGAGGCGAAGGAUACAAAGGCUAUCGCCAAUGGAGAUGUUGACUCACAUAAAAUAGAACAUCGGAAGAAGAAAAACAAGGAUGUUGAUAAGAAAAAAGCCAAAAAGGUUCGACGGACAGAUUCUUCUGCUGCCAAUUCUGGAAAGCAGACAUCAGAUGACAAUGCUCUUGGAGAUGCUGAAAGUGCAGACUCGAGGACAUCACAGUCAGACUCCUUAACGUCAAAACCGGCGCCUAGUUCAGAAAAUCCUAUUACUUCUGACAGCUCAAGGGAUACAGAAGCAAAGGUUGAAAUAAAACUGCCACCUCCAAUAAGUCAGUUGUUGGAGGAGAUUGAGGCACAAAAUGUGCGAGUGAAAGACACAAAAGAAGCAGACUCAAUCAUAGACCAGUAUGCAUUAAGGUUACAUCGUGUGCUAAAUAAGGCGAAUGCUGACAAGCGAGUGAAGCGCGUCGCUUGGGGCCGAGCGUCGAAGAUGUUGCAUGUGUCCCGAGCGCGCCUGCUGCAGCGGUCACGUGCUCUUGAUGCUAAAACUUCAUCUGUGACUUCAAAUUCAUCCCAAGUCGUCACUGCAAGUACGUCAGUUAUAACGGCGGCAACUAUUACAACAACAGAAACUGUACCUAACUCAUCAGUACCAACAUGUAAAAGUGCCCCAGUUACUUUGAAUAAAGCAGCCUCUGCCCCUACUAUCAGUAAACCCAAUACUUCUACUAUUGUUACUAAAUCUGUACCCGCAACUACAACUGCAACCAAAACGACGACAACGAGUAAACGGAAAGCAGAAGAUAAGCUCAAAGAUUUGGACGUCAGUCAAAUGUCACCGGAGGAAAAGGAAUCAAAGAUUGUUGAAACACUGAAAAAGUUAAAAGAAUUAAUAGACGAGAGAAAGCCAUCUAUGAUGUCUGCUUACAAUGCAGAGUGUGAACGAGUACAGGAAGAGAGGAAGAAGCUAGCUCAGUACACGGCUGAGAGCGGCGGUCCGCAUAUCGACAAGCGGCUGCCCAAGAGGCGGUUUCCGUGGUGCGCGCGGAGUCGCUCGCUGCUGGCGCGCCUGGCGCACCUUGCCGCGUCGCCCACAGACGCCGCCAAGUUGCUGCACGCGCGAGCGCUGCCCCUUUUCCCCUCGGGCUUCGUACGAAUGCCCACGCUACUGAAGCAAGCAGACUUAAACAAGGAGGUAAAAGCUUCGGACGUUAAAUUUCAACGAGCGCCAGCAGCGGCUACCUUUCCUCAACUGCCUGCGACAUCUGCGCCGCAACCAUUUAUUGAGCCUAUACAGUUCCCGAGUUCCCUUACUGUCACCACAACCAUAAAACCUAUGGACAAGGGAAAAUCUGAUGAUCCAGGUACAUUUACGACCAUCGUAAAUUCCUUCCUACCAAAUAAGGAAUCGAGUACGGAUAAUAUGGACGACAGGAAAAAUGACGCCGCCGAUAAGGGUAAAGAGGACUACAUUCGUCCCAAUAACAUUGGCAGUAUAACUAUAACCCCUGUAAGAACUGAGAAAAAAAUAAACAACAGCAGCGACAAAAAUAAGGAACCUCUACUGAGAGUUAAAUCGCCGGCGGCACUCAAUGAAAUGGUAAAUAAAAAGGAUAAACAGAAAAAAGAUAAAACAAAUUAUGUUAAAGAAAAAAGUGUUGAUACUCCGUUGCACAUCGACACUGGAUAUCAAAGUAAAAAAGAAUCGACACAGAGUCCAAAGAACAUGGAGGAAAUAAGUCAAAAGCAUAUUGAGAGUAUGAGGAUAGCAGAGAACAAUAUACCUCGGCCGGUUUUGGUGGCUAAACAUUCCCCAACGUUCGCGAAACCCGAUAAAAGGCCGCCCGACGCGCGUAAAAAGAAGGAAGUGUUAAUAGUAUCAGAUAUGGAUCCUCUGGCAGAUUGUCCUCAGGAGCCUCUCGCCGUGGACGACAGCAGUAGUGACGUGGAAGUGAUCGAGGACAAAUCGGACCCGAGUGAACCUAAGAGUGAUAAUAAAAGUGAUAAAGUGCCUUCAAAGGACAAAGUCGUUGACUCUACAAAUCACAAAAACGUUAACAGUGUUAAACAAACGAAAAGUGUUAGUUCUAAGGACAAGGAGUGUAGGACAGAGAAAUCUGACAGGGUAGAGCAAAACAUGGAGGAGGGUCCCGACGACAUGAUGACCUUGUUGAGAAAUAUCACAGAAAUGGGGAAUUCACAAAAGCCUCAGAAACUAAAUUGCAACUCAUUUGGGGGUGUUAUCAAUAAUGCCAAGAAGGAGUCUUCCAAAUACAAUCAGCCGGUUUUCAAUCCUCAUAGCGAUAAAGACAAACUCGCAGAACGAGCAUCUUUGAACAAAAUGGAUGGAUGUAAUGCUAUUACAGGUUAAUGGUCAUCACCACAAAGCCUACAUAACAUGACUGCCUUGUAUUUAAUAUCUAAAGUCAUCAGUGGUUGUGUGAGUCGCAGUGGAUUUGAAAUAUAUAUUAUUAUUACGGUAUCUAAAAUGAAUCCUCUCUCAAAAUUGUUGAACAUUCUUUUUAAGUAUUAUGACAGCUCUCUGUUAAAAAUAAUCUGAAUUGUUGUUUAUUAUCUUGUUUAUCUCUAAUCUGAUCUGGCUCGAGACACCAAAGAAAAUGAAUAAGAGCAAAAUCCUAACUUUAAAAUUUCCUCUAUAAUAAAAAGUUGUUAUCACAAAUAUCUCUCUUUUAUGUAAAAUGUUUUUCAAAAUAAGAAUCCACUGCGAUAAUUACUUAGUGUAAGUGCUUGCCUGGUGUGUGUCAGUCGGCCACGUUUUUCUUUUAAUUAAUAUUUUAACCAGAGGCAGCUCUAUAAGGGCUGGU